GGCAUGGUCACUGCUCUCUUGGCACGCCUCGUCGUGCUCCUCGCGUGCAUCUGCUGCGUCAUCGCAGCCGGCGCCGACUUCUACAAGGUCCUCGGCGUCUCGAAAACGGCCGGCGACAAGGAGGUCAAGAAGGCCUAUCGUAAACUGAGCAAGCAGUACCACCCGGACAAGAACGACUCGGAGGAGGCCAAGGUCAAGUUCCUCGAGGUGUCGCGCGCGUUCGAGGUCAUCUCGGACCCAGAGAAGCGCAAGACGUACGACCGGUUCGGCGAGGAGGGCGUCAAGCAGCAGGAGGGUGGCGGAGGAGCCGGCGGCGGCGGCGACCCGUUCAACAUCUUCCGCAACGCGUUCGGGUUCGGCGGCGCAGGCGGGCAGCAGCAGCGGCGAGGGCAGAACAUGCUCGCCGAGAUCGAGGUCGACCUCAAGGCCAUGUACGAGGGCGACUCGCUCAAGUUCUCGGUCGCGCGCAAAGCCGUCUGCGAGCAGUGUGACGGUACCGGCGCCCGGAGCGAGAAGGACAUCGUCACCUGCCCGACCUGCGAGGGCCGCGGCGUCCGCCUCGUGCGGCACCAGCUCGGCCCGGGCAUCUUCCAGCAGAUGCAGAUGCACUGCGACCGGUGCGCCGGGCGCGGCAAGUCGAUCAAGCACCUGUGCUCGACCUGCAAGGGCCACCGCAUCGUCGAGACGACGUCGGAGCUCAACCUGCACGUCGACCGCGGCAUGCCCGAGGGCGCCGAGGUCGUGUUCGAGGGCGAGGCCGACGAGAGCCCCGACUGGGUCGCGGGCGACGUCAUUGUGCGCGUGCGGAGCAAGAAGGUAAAGGGCGGCUUUGCGCGCAAGGAGUCGAACCUGUACUGGAAGGAGCCCAUCAGCGUCGCCGAGGCGCUCCUCGGGUUCAAGCACCGCGUCAAGGGCCUCGAUGGCCACGACGUCGUCCUGUCGCGGACUGGCGUCACUCAGCCCGGGUUCGUCGACGUGAUUCACGGCGAGGGCAUGCCGAUUUACCACCUGUCGGGCCACGGCGACCUCUACGUCGAGUACCAGGUCGUCAUGCCUCCCAGCCUCACGUCCCAGCAGCGAGAAGCUCUCGAGCAGGCGUUCGGCUACCGGCAUCCGGACAAGGCCAAGGAGCACUCGGAGCUGUAGAUGCGAGGCCACCAGCGGCGGGCCUCGUCGAGCAAUAGAAUCGUCUUUCGUCCUUCU